GGUCCUCUCCGUUAGCUUCCAGUUGUCAAACGACUUGCAGCGAGCGUCAGAGGUCCGCCCAGGCAAGCCACACAGCACCUCCUCCAGCACUGCCUCCCAGCCCGCACCCGGCACCGCCUCGACCCGCCCGCGUCCUGCCAGCCGCCCAGAUGCUCGCUCGCGCCCUGCUGCUCUGCGUCGCCCUGGCGCUCGGCCACGCAGCAAAUCCUUGCUGUUCCAACCCGUGUCAAAACCGAGGCGUAUGUAUGAGUGUGGGAUUUGACCAGUAUCAGUGUGACUGCACGCGCACAGGAUUCUAUGGUGAAAACUGUUCAACACCUGAAUUUCUGACAAGGAUAAAAUUAUUCCUGAAACCUACUCCAAACACAGUACACUACAUACUUACCCACUUCAAGGGAGUCUGGAACAUUGUCAAUAGCUUUCCCUUCCUGCGAAAUGCAGUUAUGAAAUACGUGUUAGUAUCCAGAUCACAUUUGAUUGAGAGCCCGCCAACUUACAAUGCACAGUAUGGCUAUAAGAGCUGGGAAUCCUUUUCCAACCUCUCGUAUUACACCAGAGCUCUUCCUCCUGUGGCUGACGGCUGCCCAACCCCCAUGGGUGUGAAAGGGAAGAAAGAGCUUCCUGAUUCAAAAGAGAUUGUGGAAAAAUUUCUCCUAAGAAGAAAGUUCAUCCCUGACCCCCAGGGCACAAAUAUGAUGUUUGCAUUUUUUGCCCAGCACUUCACCCAUCAGUUUUUCAAGACAGAUCCUAAGCGAGGUCCAGCUUUCACCAAAGGCCUGGGUCACGGGGUGGAUUUAAGUCAUAUUUAUGGUGAAACUUUGGAUAGACAGCAUAAACUGCGCCUUUUCAAGGACGGAAAAAUGAAAUAUCAGAUCAUUAAUGGCGAGGUGUAUCCGCCCACAGUCAAAGACACUCAGGUGGAGAUGAUCUACCCGCCUCACAUUCCUGAGCACCUGCGGUUUGCUGUGGGGCAGGAGGUCUUUGGUCUGGUGCCUGGCCUGAUGAUGUAUGCCACGAUUUGGCUGCGGGAACACAACAGAGUGUGUGAUGUCCUCAAACAGGAGCAUCCAGAAUGGGAUGAUGAACGCUUGUUCCAGACGAGCAGGCUCAUACUGAUAGGAGAAACUAUCAAGAUCGUGAUUGAAGACUACGUACAGCACCUGAGCGGCUAUCACUUCAAACUGAAGUUUGACCCAGAGCUGCUUUUCAACCAACAGUUCCAAUACCAAAACCGCAUUGCCGCUGAGUUCAACACGCUCUAUCACUGGCAUCCCCUUCUGCCUGACACCUUUCAAAUCGAUGACCAGGAGUACAACUUUCAACAGUUUCUCUACAACAACUCUAUCUUACUGGAACAUGGACUCACCCAGUUUGUUGAAUCUUUCAGCAGGCAAAUUGCUGGCAGGGUGGCUGGUGGUAGGAAUGUUCCAGCUGCAGCACAGAAAAUAGCAAAGGCCUCAAUCGACCAGAGCAGAGAGAUGAAGUACCAGUCUCUGAAUGAGUACCGCAAACGCUUUCGGCUGACGCCCUAUAAAUCAUUUGAAGAACUUACAGGAGAGAAGGAAAUGGCUGCGGAGUUAGAAGCACUCUAUGGUGACAUUGAUGCCAUGGAGCUGUAUCCUGCCCUUCUGGUGGAAAAGCCUCGCCCAGAUGCCAUCUUCGGGGAGACCAUGGUAGAACUUGGGGCACCAUUCUCCUUGAAAGGACUUUUGGGUAAUCCUAUCUGUUCUCCUGACUACUGGAAACCCAGCACUUUUGGUGGAGAAGUAGGUUUUAAAAUCAUCAACACUGCCUCAAUUCAGUCUCUCAUCUGCAAUAACGUGAAGGGCUGUCCUUUUACUGCCUUCAGUGUUCAGGACCCGCAGCUCAGCAAAGCAGUCACCAUUAAUGCCAGCGCUUCCCACUCUGGACUAGAUGACGUGAAUCCCACAGUACUGCUCAAAGAACGUUCAACUGAACUGUAGAAAUCUAUGGAUCAUAUUUAUUUAUUUAUAUGAACUAUUUCUUUUAACUUAAUUAUUUAAUAUUUAUAUUGAACUCCUCAGGUUACUUAACAUCUUCUGUUAAGGAGAAAGGAGGCAUGCUUGUGAAGAUUUUUUGUGUCACUAUUUUAAAGGUGUCUUUUCUGCAAGGGGGAAACAGUUUUCAUUCCUUUUUAUAAACCAGUGGGAAGUGAGUUUGAAAUGUUUUUACUUGAAUUUCAAUUUACGUUAUGUAUAAUAAGAACAAAAGCAAAGAUGUUGGAACAUUUAAAUACUGUUACAAGAUAGCAAAAUGCUGCAAGUUUCUUUUGACACUAUUGAUACUUCCAAGUGUAUCUUCAUGAUGCAUUAGAAGCAACUACCUGCGCACUGUUCCUUUCAUUUCUCUUAGCCAUUUUGCUAAGAGAAACUCUCUUCUGAUCAGUUUACUUCUUUUAUUUUGUUUUCUUGCUUUUAAGAUCUGAAUUUGUCUUUCUUUGGACUCUCUGUCUAUAUUUUCUUAUCUGAACUUUUGCAAGUUUUCAGGAAAACCUCAGCUCAGGACUACUAUUUGACUCCUCUUAAGAGGAAUAAAAGAAAAAUUUUUAAAAACCCAUAAAAAUGACUUUACAGGGGCCAGCCCAGUGGGGUAGUGGUUAAGUUCACAGGCUACACUUCAGUGGCAUGGGGUUCGUAGGUUCAGAUCCCA